AUGCAUCGCGUGACGCAGCUGGUGUCUAGCGGCUUCAAGAGCAGUCGAAGCACCACCCAAAAACACGCUUGCAGCGACACAGGACACUACCACCACGCGAACGUCCAGACGUCGGCACACCUCCCCCAGCUCGCUCCACCUGCCGACUUUUGCCGCGUCAAGCCCAACGAUCAUGCACAGAGCCAAUGCAAGGGUUGCGAUGUCGUGUGUGAACUACUGCGGUGGGGAGAGUCGCGGAAGAGACAGAACCCCGACUUUGAAGGGUGCUCGCCGCGGCGGGUCAUACACCUCAGCUACUGUGAGCUCGAGCUUUGUGGCUCCCGGAAGACUGGCUGUGACACUUGCCAAAUGAUACACCGCGGCUUCCUGCUGGACCAGAUCACGGGCCAAGACGCGGAUAGCCUGAGGAACCCAAACAACCAAUGGCCCAUCCACGCCAUGCUGACAAUCGGAAACUCGGGUAACAGUCUCCUCUUUACCAUCGAGUCGCCACAGACAACCCUCUUCACCACUACCAUACACCUACAGCGACCUCGGAAAUCAUCGGGUCACAAAAAAUCAUCCUCGCUCCACCCAGACUUCGCCGAGUUGCACAGCGUUGUGCGAGACUGUCUUGAUUAUCACGAGUGCUCCUCCAAGCACCGUUGGUCAGACCAAAACCCAACCUGGCUUCUCGAAAUCCUCCCGUACAACCAAGUCAGGCUGGUGGAAGGAAAGGGGAGGCCCGUGGAAUACGUGGUGCUAAGCUAUUCUUGGGGCGACCCGACGACCAUGCCGGCAGCCGAGUGGGCGAGGAUCAAGGCGGCCCGCACCAUGACGACGAAUGGCAAGCCUAUUCCCGAGCGCCUAAACGGCUUCGACCAGCGCGCGCUUCCCGAGACGAUGCAAGACGCCAUUUCCAUCUCGAAUGACCUCGGAUUUCGCUACAUCUGGAUUGACAGCGUGUGCAUCCCCAAGGGUACCGACUGGGACACGGAGGCGGCCCUGAUGCAUCAAGUAUACGGCAAUGCCGCCUUCACUCUCGUAGCUUGCUCCAGCACCAAGGCAACCGACCGACUGCUGUGCGACAGGCUAGCGUGGACGCAUCGGAAUGUGGCCCAUAAACUGCGCGGGCAGUUUCUCCACAACUCGCAAAUGUCCUUGGACAAAGUACGACUCGGCGCUCCCGUAUCUCAACGUUCCUGGACCCUCCAAGAGGAGCGGCUUUCUCCGCGGAUCCUGUACUGGGCUAAUCAGCGGUGGUACUGGUCAUGUACGGAACGGCAGACAGUUGAGAUGCGCGAAUUCGGAAUCCCAUCUCCCCUACUGCCCAAAGAAGCCUGGAGCCUUCCGCAUCGCUACUUAGAAGCAUGUCGCAUUGGAGAUGAGCACCAGCUCCACGAAGAAUGGCUGGACAUCGUCGAGGCCUACACGCGCCGCGACCUAGUGGAAGCCAAGGACCGCUUUUUGGCGAUUGCUGGCCUUGCUGUUCGCUUCUACAAUGCCAAGGCAGAGGUUGGCAAGGGGGCAGUUCCCGAGGAAUAUCUGGCAGGCCUGUGGAAGGACGACUUUGCCAGGCAACUAGCAUGGUCAGUCGUGAAGCCUGCGGCUCCAUGGCAGCACCUCCAACACAUUGCCCCGUCGUGGUCAUGGGCAUCGCUACCCCUGCUGGUGCACACCAAGACAAAGCACAGCUUCCGGCUAUCACCGCACUUCGAGUUUGUCGGCACCAAAUUCAUCAACCCCGCCGAGACUGCCAUUGGAGAUUUUUCGUCAAACGCGCGGGAGAUGGGCCAGUUCAUUGAAAGGCGAGGCAGAAACACAAAGGUCGUCGAGGUUAGGGGUCGCUUCCGCAAGUUCGUCUCGGCAAACUCGCAGAAGGUUCCUUGGGAGCGCAUCCAGAUCAAACGAGACGGGAGAGAGAUAUUCAACUUUACGCCCGGGUGUCAUACCCACUCACGAAACCUGAACGACGGCCGGGUUCUUACCAAGGACGCCCAUGGCGGAGAGAUUGUCGGCCAGCUCGACUACCUUGCGCCCCCCGACAGCCGCAACGAGGUCAAGAGGCUGGGAGUGUACCUCCCCGACGGUGCCGAGAAGGAUCUGUACUGCCUUGAGCUGGGAGAGUCGGCAAUGCUGCUGCUCCAGGCUAACAGGCGAUGGGGGGUAGCCGACUCUUACCGCCGUGUAGGUGUGUGCAUCGGCUACAAGAACCGCAGAGGGUUUUUCUAUGGUUGCACAGCAGAGAACAUAUUGCUGGCUUGA